GGCUAAACUGCUCUAUUGGACAUUGACAUGUUACAAUGUUACAUAACAGUAUAACACACAUGUAUAUACACGGUAGGAUUUUAUUUUAUAAAAUGAAGUCAAAACGGUUAAUUAUGGCCCACGCGAAUAACCGAAUCCAGCCUUCCUAAACUCAUAUCACCAUCGUUACUUGGAAUUGGAAAUCACAGAUCCACAAUCCCUACGUGGCCGGAAAGCGCCGCCUUUAAAAGUUAGCCUUUUGCGAUGCCAGGGGUAGCAACAAUGGAGUUACCAGUAGAGCCCCAGUCUCUGAAGAAUCUCAGUUUCAAAUCUCUGAAACGAGCCCUUGAUCUAUUCUCUCCUCUUGACUGCCCUUCUGAUCAGGAAAGCAAGAAGAAUCGGUUAAGACAUAAGCUAAAUUUUGAAUACAGAUCUAUAACAAACACAUCCCCAGCUAUGGCUUCUCAAUCGUUCCAAGCUCAAAGGGAAUCUGCUUCUUCUAACGCCCUUUCUCUUGUAGGCAUAGGAAUUGCAAGAAUCGGCCCACAGAAGUGUGGGUUAGAUAAAGAAUUAGUGCUCGGUCCAGCUUUACAAUCAAAGAUCAGAUUUUCUACUGCAAUUGCUCCAUUAAACCCUUCUUCCAAAAAGGGUCUUUCAACUGCGGCAACCAUGGAAAGAACACCAAGUGAUUGGCCACGCCCUGGAAGAACUACCGGGUCAUCAGCGGGCACUUGGAUUGGGUGCGGUCUGUUGCAGUGGACCCCAGCAAUGCGUGGUUCUGUACAGGCUCUGCAGAUCGAACCAUCAAGAUCUGGGAUUUAGCAACCGGGGCCCUAAAACUCACCCUUACAGGCCAUAUUGAACAAAUAAGAGGCCUUGCAGUUAGCAGCAAACACACCUACAUGUUCUCUGCUGGUGAUGAUAGACAAGUCAAGUGCUGGGACCUUGAACAGAACAAGUGUGCAGGGUUUGGGACAUCAGAAAAAAGACUCAAGUUCAUGCCUUGUCAGGGCAUGAGAACACAGUUUGCUCGGUUCUUGCUCGGCCAUUGGACCCUCAAGUCAUUACUGGCUCACAUGAUUCAACUGUGAAAUUCUGGGACCUCAGGAAUGGCAAGACCAUGUCAACACUCACCCACCACAAGAAAUCUGUCCGGGCGAUAGCAUUGCAUUCAAAGGAGGAUGCUUUUGCGUCUGCCUCUGCUGACAACAUAAAGAAGUUCAACCUUCCAGAAGGAAAGUUUCUGCACAACAUGGUUUCCCAGCAGAAGGCAAUUAUCAACGCCAUGGCUGUCAAUGAGGAAGGUGUGUUGGCUACAGGAGGUGAUAAUGGGAGCUUGUGGUUCUGGGAUUGGAGGAGUGGCCACAAUUUUCAGCAAUCACAGACAAUUGUUCAACCCGGGUCUCUGGAAAGUGAGGUUGGCAUCUAUGCAAUGGCAUAUGAUGUCACUGGUACAAGGCUUAUUACUUGUGAGGCUGAUAAGACCAUAAAGAUGUGGAAAGAGGACGUAAACGCCACCCCGGGAACUCAUCCUCUUCACUUUAGGCCCCCUAGAGAUAUUAGUCGGUUCUGAACGGUGGAUUGUUUUCUGGAGUCCUAGAGAUUUCAUAAUCACGCUAUCUAAACUGUAUGAAGAAGUACAUUUCAUAUUAGUCAUUUAGUCUAUUAGUUUCUAUACUUACAUUAUUCUAAAACAUCUACAUGCUAAAAGCUUAAAAUUUCAAAACUUACACAAGUUCCUCAGGAAUAGAGUUCAGGACUUCUAUUGAUUGGAUAAUGUCUUCUCAUAGUCUCAUGUACACAUGCUAAUGUUUUGUUCUUUCUCUCAUCUACACCCAUGAUUUAUUGGCAAUAUUCCGCUA